UCAAGAUUUCUUCAAAACUCAAAUAUUUUUCCUGAUUCAUAAGACUCUGGUCAGACAUCAAAGUGAUUCUUAGCAAUUGAGUGAUUGUUUUAGCGAUUAAAAUAGUGCCAAUCGAUUUAAUUUUGUAGAAUAAUUUCAACGUGACGUCAAUCUAAAUUCAUUCCUAAACCUAAAUCAUGUUAAAUAGUGUUAGAAAAUGCCUGGAAAAGUACUAUUAUCAGUACACAAUGGCAACUUGUAUAUCAAUUCUGGAACCGUGGGAGAGAAAGUUUGUUAAUACACUGGUCGUGAUUAUUGUGGUACUUUUGACCUUCUCCAGCUUCUUCUAUCUUCCGGAAUAUACAGAACGUCUGCUGAAAGUAUUUACCCCAUCCGAGACUGUUGGAAUACAAUCUGUAUCUGCUGACCAAAUAUAACACAAUUUUUCCUAAAA